CGUGCCCAGUCAAUACAAAAAAACGUGUCUAUUUGAGUUCCCGUUAUCAGAAAUCCAACCGAAACGAAUAACCAAUCCCAACUGAAGACAGUUUCUUCUUCUUCCUCCUCGUCCUCCUCUCAGGCACAAAGCAGUCUCUGACAGAGUCGUUAACUGUUUCUUAUCCUCAACGGGCUCCAACUUAUAUAAAGCCUUUCUUGCUUUCUUGAUCGACGACUCGGGUCAAAACUGCAGAUAGAGUUGCUUGCUGAGGCUGCUAGUCCUUUGACAUUCACAGAGCUCCCGUGGAUUCGAGGUGCGGGACGAGGACUCGUGUCGGGGAGUGCGAAUUCAUGUGAUCUGAGAAAAGAUUAAUCAAGUUUCUUUUUGAGGAAAGAUUUCGGGUAGUUGUGGAAGUAGCUCACUCUUGUUUGUUACGGAUGCACGGGGAAGUAAUGGGGUGUCACAAGAAAGGUCAGAAGCUCACCAACUGAUCCUGCGACUGCCGAGGCUUCUUGGGUCUUCUUCUCUCUGUGUUCCGAGCCAUUCUUUUAUUCUCUGAGAGAGAGAGAGAGAGAGAGAGAGAGAGAGAGAGAGAGAGAGAGAGCUUCCGAAGUUAUAUUAGGGGAAACCGGUGAAGGAGGGGUACUCCAUCCGUAUUCGUCUUUCGCUGCUCAUGCAUUUGUUCUUGUUCUUGCUCGCUUGCUGCAACGAAGAAUCUCGAGAUGAGUCAUCCCGGGGUAGCCCGUGAUCAAAAACCACCAGUUGAAUUCACCAAGGACCGUAACGGGAUCAGUCAAGUCAUCCUUCACAACCCUCGUGGGGCCUCUGCUCGGGUUAGUUUGCACGGAGGGCAGAUUCUUUCGUGGAAAACCGACCAUGGAGAGGAAUUGUUGUUUACUAGCAGUAAGGCCAUCUUUAAGCCACCUACUCCGGUCCGAGGAGGGAUUCCUAUCUGUUUUCCACAGUUUGGUAAUCAUGGGACGCUGGAGCAACACGGCUUUGCCAGGAACAAGAUUUGGGUCAUCGAUGAAAACCCCCCACCGCUUCCCCCAAGCAACUCUAAUGGAAAGGCUUACAUCGACUUGCUCCUGAAACCGUCUGAACAUGAUCUCAAGAUCUGGCCCCACACUUUCGAGUUUCGGCUGAGGGUGGGUUUGUCGGCAGAUGGGUAUCUGACCCUGACAUCGCGCAUCAGGAACAUCAACUGCAAGCCCUUUAGUUUUUCUAUUGCAUAUCACACUUAUUUCUCCAUCACCGAUAUCAGUGAAGUUCGGGUUGAGGGAUUGGAGACACUUGACUACCUUGACAACUUGUGCCAGAGAGAGCGGUUCACCGAACAAGGAGAUGCCAUAACAUUUGAAUCUGAGGUGGAUCGGGUAUACCUUAGCUCAUCGGAUGUUGCAAUUUUCGAUCAUGAAAGGAAACGGACAUUCAUCAUACGCAAGGAAGGACUUCCAGAUGUCGUGGUUUGGAACCCAUGGGAGAAGAAAUCCAAAGCCAUGGCUGAUUUCGGGGACGAAGAGUACAAGCAGAUGCUGUGUGUCGAUGGGGCGGCAAUCGAGAAGCCCAUCACCCUCAAGCCAGGAGAGGAAUGGACCGGCCGCUUGGAACUCUCUUACCUCCCUUCAUCUUGAAGGAGUGCUGUAGGCUAGAGGCGACGUAGAAUUUUCAAAAUACGUGCCCGGUAGAAAAUAACGAAUAAGCUGAUAAGGAACUUCUGAAUCGGAAGUGCAGGGACAUUUUUUUCCCUUUGCUGCCACGCGGGAUGUUCUAGCUAAGAUCGUAGGUGAUUUGUGAUUGUUCGGAUAAACUCCAUUGUUAGUGGAUGCGAGUUGUAUAAGAACGUCGUAUGCUGAAUUUGAGGUCUUGAUGAGAUCAAUGAAUAUGACUUAGGUGAUUUCCACUGGAGUUCAAUGAGAAAGCGAGCUGAUGAUUUGCAAGUUGAAGA